ACAUGCAUCCAAACCAGAUAUGUUUAUUCUAUUUCCGCGACCCCUAAAUACACACUAUCCUACGCUGUACCUAGUCCACUCAGGGUCUGAAUGGCUUGAAAUACAUUGUGACAAGUCGUACUCCUCUCAUCUUUCAAGUGAGAUUUUGUUAGACAGCCUGGGCAUCAAACUUGGAUUCGUCGGAAAAUCUGUGACUUCACUGACGCAGCCAUACAGGCCAGAAUACUCCUUACAAUCUGAAAGUGGUCGGUAUGAUCCAUUUGUUGUGGAUGUACUGGGAGCAGCUGGUGAGUACAUGCGAGGAUAUGUCUGUAAUGUGGAUGAACAGGGCCUGACGGUUAAGCUGGACGACCUUACGGUGCAGCAUGUCGCUUAUGGUCGCGUAUGGAGUGUUAAAGAACCCGAUUUCGGAGAAUCAACAAUGAAGCGGAACUCGGGUGAUAUUGACGUUCGCAUCGACCCCACAGACAGUGGCGUGACGUCGUGGACCCCCGCUCGAUUAGUUGACAGCAUUCAUUGGAGUAGGGAAUGGUACCAUGACUACCAUCGUAGGUCUUGCCGGUAUUCUGUAGUCACAGUGGAAGUGUCCCAACCGGAUACAACCGUUGCGCAGUACACCGUCAUUGAUGGACCCACAGCGCUGACACAACGGGUGCGUAAACGCGGGGAUCUCGGCCCAGUGGUCCAACGAAAUGCCUUUCAGAAAGUUCUCGAGCCCAUGUUCAAUCCGUCAGAGAAAUAUCCGCAUCCCGUGCGCUUUUUGAAAACAGCGUGUUCGUUCCCACGAUUCCAUACAUUCUGGCUGAGAGACACUCACACGAUCUUACUUGGCCUUCAUGAUGAGUAUAUGGAGCUGCUGCUCUCCCCUGUGCGAGCUAAACUUUACAACAUGUUGAAAGAGGACUACAUUGCCGGCAAUGGCCGCAAUGACGAUUGUGCUCCAGUGCGGAAAUCGAUAGCGGAUUGUGUGGAAGGCUUGUUCAUUAUGCAGCGUUGGACAGUCGACGAAAUACUUGGUGGAUUGGUCUGCACUGUUCUACAGUCAGAAGAGUUUCGUGACGGUGAGCCAUGCUUUAGUGAGCUAAUCUUGGAAAUUCAAACCCUGAUCUACUCGAAUCUGGACAUAUUCCAUCAGAAUUUAUUUAAAAGGGUAUGUAAGGCAACUCAACACCUGCUAGACUCACGUAUAAUCCAGUCGUGUGUCAUUAUGCCUACGCGGCCUCUCAGUGAAGCUCUGCAUCCUGAUGCUAAGACGUCAACAUACAGUACCUGGAUGUGGAAGGGAAGUUUCGCCUACACCCACUACCUGGCUCGAACUGUCACGAGCCACUGCCGUACUUUGUGCCUCGUCGGAGAAAGGGAAUAUUGCCUGUCUUUCUUGGUCGACUUACUGAAUUUCUUGUCACUGAAGCUAAAGUGGCUGGUCGUCACUGACAACGCGCAGUUGUACAUCCAUGAACUGUUUGAUUUUCCUCAGCCGACCAAUGUCUUAACCUUGACCAAGGCGGAUGUGUACAUGUUGUUUCCUUACAAGUCUCCAGAAUUCCGAACAAUAUGCGAUAAUAUCCUGCUGCGAAAUUGUGUGUUCGAUGCGAAGGAGUCCAUUAACUUUCCUAUAAUAUGUGACAACGGUAGUAUGAUGGACAUUGACAACGAACUGUUCAUCCGAUACGAAGACACAUUCUUGAUCAGCGUGGCUCAUUGGUCGUUCAGUUUUGCCGGUACAACGAAAGCGGAUUAUUUGGCGUCAGUUCGCAGGAUUUUCGAAGUAGGUUGUCCAGAACUGCAGACCACAAAGGUGUAUCGUCUUCUGGAUGGCUUAAACGCUUACCCUGUUCCCAAACAUUUGCCAGAGGAUUUACUGUGAGCGUUUCUAAGGGCUUCUUUUGUGCUGUGGGACAGUCCGACUCCGAAUACCAUUUCUGACAUUCGGACGGCCAUUCUGACCGAGUCGCCUCAGCGGAAACUGGUGACCCAAACGUUGCAUCUAUUACCAUUCUUGCAAUAAUUCCAUAAAAGAGGCGUUAAUUCUGCAGUAAAAGGAGCCUUGAAAAUCUAGGUUGAUUUAUUGUUUUCUUCCAUGAAAAUUAAUUACGGCGCUACUGCCAGAUGAAUACAUUGUAUCGGCCCUUACAACUCUUUUGGUUUCAUAAAGAUGAAACUACUGCAAACCUUGCAGAGCAGCCUGAAUGCUGCUCAUGCAAAA